AUGUCUGAGACUCAACCUGCCCAGGCCCCCUCCGGACCGCAAGGCUCAAACCGAGGCGGCCGUCGGCGCGGACGAGGGGGUGGAUUCGGAGCUGCUCGCCAACCUGGACAGGCGGAAGUUUCGCAACAAACCAACGACGGUCCAGGAAGAGGAUCAAGAUCCAGAGGUCAUGGACCCCGCCGCGGCGGCGGCGGCGGGGGAGGUCGCGACAAACAGAAGUCCGCCGCGAACACGAUUGAUGCCAAAUCCACAACCACAACCACACCUGAGAGUAAUAAAGGAAAGCAGGCGGUCGCAGAGGACUCCGACGACGCGGAUGAUGGGGAGCUUUGCUUCAUCUGUGCGUCGAAGGUUGAGCAUACUUCCGUCUCACCUUGCAACCACCGGACCUGUCAUAUCUGCGCGUUGCGGUUGAGAGCAUUGUAUAAGAACAAAGCUUGUGCACACUGUCGGACGGAAUCCAGCUUUGUGAUCUUCACAGAUGACCAUGCCAAGCGCUUCGAGGACCUCACAGAAGCAGAUUUCUCCCAGAAGGAUGACAACCUUGGAAUCAAGUAUGAGAGUGGCGAGAUCUUCGAGGACACUGUUUUAUUACUGCGGUACAAUUGUCCUGAAAGGAGCUGUGAUGUCGCCUGUUUGGGAUGGCCUGACCUGCAUCGCCAUGUUAAGACCAAGCAUGGCAGAGUGAUGUGUGAUCUUUGCACACGAAACAAGAAGGUUUUUACUCACGAGCAUGAGCUCUUCACUAACCAGGAAUUGCGCCGACACGAGAGACAUGGAGACGAUGUUCCUGGUGCGAUUGACCAAAGUGGAUUCAAAGGACACCCAGAGUGUGGUUUCUGUCGACAGCGUUUCUACGGCGAUGACGAACUCUACGCUCACUGUCGUGACCGUCAUGAGCGGUGCCACAUCUGCGAUCGACAGUCAAGCAACCGUCAACAACAGUACUACAUUGACUACAACGCGCUAGAGGACCACUUCCAAAAAGAUCAUUUUCUCUGCUUGGAUCAGGAGUGCUUGGAGAAGAAGUUCGUCGUCUUCGAAUCUCAGAUGGAUCUUAAAGCACACCAGCUGGAAAACCAUCCCAACGGGCUCUCGAAGGAUGCAAGACGUGACGCCCGUACGGUCGACCUCUCCACAUUUGACUACAGAGCUCCCUACCAGCCUCAACGACAACGCCGUGGUGCAGGUCGCGGACGCGAUCCCAACUCAGAGCCUCUGCCUGUCUCGAGCGCACAGCCCCUAAGACGAGACGAGAUUGCCUAUCAACGACAGAUGGCCAUUCAAAGUGCACAAUCUGUUUCCACCCGGAGUUUUGGCGGCCAGCUCACCCGCAGCGACACUCAACCCGUGCGCGCCCCCGCUCGAUCCGCGGCUGCCACGCCUGUGCAGACGCCUCCAGCCGCUUCCACUCCGGUGGCUGAAAUGAGCGAUCUCAGUCUGAACGCAGAUGCGGGCCCCGUCUCCCCUCAGGAACAAGCACGCCGCCUGCGCCAUGCUGCCGUCGUAGAACGCGCCUCGAAUCUGCUCGGUAAUGAUAAGAACAAACUCAACGAAUUCCGCAGCAGAGUUUCCAGCUAUCGCACUUCCUCCAUCUCGGCCACCGAGCUAAUCGACGCCUUUUUCUCCCUCUUUGACACCGCCAGCACCGAGCUCGGUAAACUGAUCAAAGAGCUCGCAGAGAUCUACGAGGAUGACAACCAGCGCAAUGCAUUGCUGAAGUCCUGGAAUGACUGGCGUGCGAUCAACGAAGACUACCCUGCCCUUCCCGGCCCUGGCGGCACUAUCCCCGGCAUGUCGCCAGGAACCGUCAACGGCAGCGGCGUGGGAGGCAAGCGUGUCCUGCGUCUCAAAUCCUCCACUGCUCAGUCCUCCCGAUCCGCCGUCGGCAGGAGUGGUGCCAUGCCCUCCGCAUCCUCUUCGACCAGUGCUUUCCCUCCCCUUUCCUCUGCGACUGCUCGCUCUGCCCCACGAUCCACGCCAGCUUCAUCCACCCCGUGGGCAAGCUCAGCAGCAGCACCCACUUCAGGUUCCGCCGCCCCCUCACCCUCCAUCACCCCCCGCACCUACUCCACUCGCUCCGCCGCUCCCGCCACCUCCCGGCCGGCCCAGACAAACAGUGUCGACGCCUUCCCUGCUCUCCCCGCAGCGGCCAAACCCAACGUCCUCAUGGCAGGUCUCACCCGCGGCACCGUCCGCUGGGAUAACCGCGCACCGCAGGUGAACGCCUGGAGCUCCUCGUCACGGAACGACUCCGGCGCCAACUCCACUGCGGAGGACGAGGACUUCCCUGCCACCUUCACACAACAAACCCCCCCAAUCACUCUCACAAUGGCGACUCUUCUGCCUCCUCCUACCAAGCGUCAGAAGACGGAGAUUGCCGAGAAGGCCCGUCUUCAGCAAGAGAUCGAGAGCAUCCCGGAGAACCUGGGCAGUGUCCGAGUUCAGUUUUUCGACCAAGCGACAGGAGCGCCAACCGGGCCAGCAGUGUCCGUCCCAGUGGCCGAUGCCAACGUAAAGAACUUGGAGACGCUUCUCAACACCUUACAAGGCAAUACGAUCGACAUCCUAGCACAUCUGUACCACUCCCUGCUCAAGCCCGGCCUCAAGACCACCGAAGACACUGUUCACCUCUACUACACGCCGCAGGCGGUGUUCCGAGUCAAGGCGGUCUCGCGAUGCUCUGCUUCCAUUGCCGGACACGGUGAAGCGAUCCUGGCCACAUCCUUCUCCCCCGUGAACUCGUCCACCAUGGUCACCGGCAGCGGUGACUCGACGGCCCGCAUCUGGGACUGCGACACCGGAACCCCCCUGCAUACCUUGAAGGGUCACACUAGCUGGGUGCUGGCGGUCAGCUACUCCCCCAACGGCGCGAUGAUCGCGACCGGAAGCAUGGACAACACAGUGCGGGUGUGGGACGCGAAGAAGGGCACAGCGCUCGGGGCCCCGUUGAAGGGCCAUGCGAAGUGGAUCACCAGCCUGGCGUGGGAGCCCUACCACCUACAGCAGCCGGGGCGGCCGCGCCUGGCGUCUGCCUCCAAGGACUCGACGGUCCGCGUCUGGGACGUUGUCAGCAAGCGCAUCGACAUGGUCCUCACCGGCCACAAGGGCUCGGUCACCUGCGUCAAGUGGGGCGGCACGGGCAAGAUCUACACGGCCUCCCACGACAAGACGGUCAAGGUGUGGAACGCGGAGAACGGCACCCUGAUCCAGACCCUGUCUGCCCACGCCCACCGCGUGAACCACCUGGCGCUGUCCACAGACUUCGUCCUCCGGACCGCCUACCACGACCACACGGGCCAGGUCCCGCAGGCCGACACCGAGAAGGUCGCCGCCGCGAAGCAGCGCUACGAGCACGCCGCCACCAUCAACAACAAGAUCGUCGAGAAGCUCGUCUCGGCCAGCGACGACUUCACCAUGUAUCUCUGGGAGCCGGAGAACUCCAGCAAGCCCGUCGCGCGUCUGCUCGGUCACCAGAAGGAGGUCAACCAUGUCACAUUCUCGCCGGAUAUGGCGUACAUCGCCUCGGCGGGCUUCGACAACCACGUCAAGCUCUGGAAUGCCCGGGACGGAAAGUUCAUCACGACCCUCCGCGGCCACGUUGGAGCCGUCUACCAAUGCUGUUUCUCCGCCGACUCGCGCAUGCUCGUCUCCUCGUCGAAAGACACCACCCUGAAGGUGUGGAACGUCCGCACGGGUAAGCUCUCCGAGGAUCUGCCGGGACACAAGGAUGAAGUGUUCGCGGUGGACUGGAGUCCCGACGGACAGAAGGUGGGCAGUGGUGGCAAGGACAAGGCCGUACGGAUAUGGCGCAACUAA